AUGCGUAGGCUUCUAAGCAACGAUUCUAAUGGAACAGAUAUUGAGAGUAGUUUGAAUUAUGACGCAUUCAUUUGCUUUAAAUAUAAGCUCUUUACGUCGUUGGCCUUGACGCCACGACAUGAGCCGUCGUCAUCAAACACGUCCUCUAAGAGCAAUGGUUCUACACCAAAUCAGCAUCCACCGAAGCCUGCGGCAGCACCUGUCCCAACUCAGUCCUUCUCAAGCAACUUUCCCCCGAAACACCUGGAAAAAGAUGAGAUGAGGUUGAAAUCGGUGCAGAUGAUCUUGAAUGCGCUUAGAUAUACAGAACUUCCUGAUGGUACUCACGAUCCUGAGGAAAUUGCGGUUCGAGUAGAAGAGAAAUUGUUCAGUGUGGGUUCCCUAUCCUAGUC